GCAUAUAGGGCAGAGAUGCUGAGGAGGGACACCAGCAGGAGAACAACAGGUUAGUGCCGCACAGUGCGGAGGGUUACAUGCGGACAGACCGCACACUAACUCAGAGAGUGAAGAGGAGCUGGUGAAAGGUGCCAAAACCACCUGAUGCUGCAGUCUAAUCUGGACACCUGGGACUGAACACACACACACACACUCACAGGCGGCCGACAUGGCAUCAGACCCGCCCAUCUUGACGGAGCAGCAGGAGCUGCAGAGGAGAGCCAAUCAGGUCACAGAUGAGUCCCUGGAGAGCACGAGGCGCAUGAUGCAGCUAGUUGAGGAGAGUAAAGACGCUGGGAUCAGAGCUGUGGUCAUGCUGGAUGAACAAGGAGGUAACCAGCUCUGUUUGAUUCUGCUUUCAGCCGUCUUCAGUGUUUUUCUCAGCUGUAACACAGAAAGGUUGCUGCUUCCAGGGCAGAGGGUCGGUAUCGUUGCACUGCUUCAGUAUUUAGGAUAUCUGCCCUGAGACUUAGUGAGAGUUUGCUUCUCACAACACAAUCACCAGAAAAAAAGCAUUGCAUUGUGCUGCAGACCUUGGAUAUUUCAUAUUUGUAUGUUAUCAUGUUGCAUAUAUGUUGAAACUUAACCCAUCAACAACACUCAGAUUAACAUGUGGUUAGAUUUAGGCACAGGAAGCACCUGGAUAUGACCAGGAAAAGAUCAGGUUUUGUUUUUAAAUUCCCCAGUUUUGGUGUCACAGUUUUGGCAGGAAACAGAGCCAUUUAUUGUAAAAACAAAACAAAAAAACCCAGCAGCUUUUUGAGGCUCUGUCAUGGCAGGAAAUACAGUGGUGUCAACAGCUUUUCAUGGCAUUAAGCCCGGUGGGAAAACAGAUGUAUGCCGCUGGAAAACAGCCAUGUGUUGCUAAAAGAACACCCAUGUUUGUGAGCAUAAAAGCUGCUGUAAUAUAAGCCAUGCAUUACUCAAAACACCCAGAAUAUAUAUAUAUAACCCUAACCCACAUUUUGGAGCUUGAAAGCUGCUAGAAAAACACCCAUGUUUUGGAGCUAAAAAGACAUUGGAAAAACAGCCACUGCUCACUAAAUCCACCCACAUUUCAAUGCUUAAAAGCCGCUGGAAAAACAGCCAUGGGGCACUAAAAACACCCAGGUUUCUGCACUAAA